AUGCCGGACGUACCACCGAUUAUGAAGCCGUCCAAGUUCAGAAAGGUGCAUUGCUCCGAGUUUGGUUGUACUGGCAACUUGGCCAUGGUGAGUUAUGUACUGUAGCAGUGACAGGCUAUUGUCUUCCUGAGCACCCUGCAUGACGACGAAGCGGUGGAUGAAACAAGUGCAAAGAAGAAGCCAGAGAUGAUCCAAAACUAUAACUGGAGUGGACAUUAUGGAUCAGAUGGUGCGUAAUUACUCAUGCAAACGCCAGACAAGGAGGUGGCCAAUGGUGCUAUGAUACAACCUGCUUGAUGUUGCCACCCUCAUAUUUUAUUAUUGUUAUAUUAUAUAUAUAUAUAUAUAUAUAUAUAUAUAUAUAUAUAUAUAUAUAUAUAUAUAUAUAUUGUUGCCACCUCCGCACCAUAUUUAUGGCACAGAACCCCAACUUCAUGGUUGGUGUGAACAGCACCCGACCGCUGUUCACCAAGGUGCUGCUCAAAGAGCUCGUGAUCCCACGCAUGCAGAGGCGCACGGAAGGCUGUUGCAACCUACCGAAGGUCAACACUGAGGCAAUGGAAAGAUGUGGGGUGAUGAAAGAGAGCCGUGCCACCACCACUAAGAGCAGCCAGGGCCAGAAGAGGAAGAGGUGCCAGCUCUGCCCAAGCGCAAUGACAAAAAAGUCAGCUGCUGGUGUUCUCAUCGCAACACACCCGUCUGCAAAGAGCACAGUCACACGCUUGUGGUUUGUAACUAAUCCAUGGACUAAAACAGCAUAA